AUGAGACCCAUCAGCCACCUCGGCACCACCAUGAGCACGACAAAGGCAGCAGCAGCAGCCACUUCACCAUCAACAACACCACCAGCAACAGCCCAACCUCGCUCACCAUGGCACUCACCAGUGCCAUACCUCUUUGGAGGUCUAGCGGCUAUGUUGGGCUUGAUUGCUUUUGCUUUACUAAUCUUGGCUUGCUCUUACUGGAGACUUUCUGGUCGUUUAGACAGUGAAAAUGAAGGUAAUGAUCAAAGAGAUCUUGAAAGCGGAAAUGAAAAGGAAGGAAGUAAUUCAGGGAAGGCAGAGCAUAGGGUUUAUGAAGAGAAGUUUUUGGUUAUUAUGGCUGGAAAUGAAAAGCCAACAUUUUUAGCCACUCCUGCUUGCAGUAAAGUUUCUUCCUUUGUAGCCGAAAGUGAUAACCAAGAAGAAGAGAAGACAGAGGCUACUGGUGAUCACGACAAGGUGAAAAAUCAAGAAACGGCUGGUGACAGUCAUGAUCAAGCAAGAACAACACUUGAUGAGGAAAACACAGAGACACAAGAGAACCAACAACAAGUCCAAGAAGAACAAAAUUAA